GGGCGCGGGCGGGGCGGGCCCGGCGCGGGUAUAAAGGCGGCGGCGGCGGCUCCGGAGCGCUGCGGUUCUGCCGGCACCAUGCGGGCUGCCCGCUGGCUCGGGCUGCUGCAGCUGCUCUGCCUCUGUCGCCCCGCCGAGCCCUGGUACAAGCCGGCGGCCGGGCCCCGGCACUACUCGGUGGGCAGAGCCUCGGGGCUGCUCUCCGGCCUCCGCCACUCGCCCCACACCCGCCGCUCCGACACCGACGGCACCGCCGAAGCCGGCACAGGGGCGCUGCCACCCGGCUCCGCCCGGCCGCCCGCCCGGCUCCGUGCCGCGGCGCUGUGUGUGACGGAUGUGGCCCCCGAGCCGCGGAGCUGCCGGGCGCUGCCGGGAGCCCCCGGCGCUCUCCAGUGCAAGGCCGACGUGACCAUGUCCUGGGACCCGCUGGAGUGCGCGACUGCCUGAGCCGGCGCCCCGGCUCUGUGCUGACAAUAAACGUGCUUGGGCUGGC